AUGAACGCGCUCCUCGAGCAGAUCCGCGACGGCCAAGGCUCCAUGGUCGAGAUGGAGAAGGAAGGGCUCAAGCAUGUCUUCAUGGAGGUCCUCGAGAUGCUACGUGCUGAGGAAGCGACCAACGUCGUCGAGCUCGGACGAUGGACGGAUGCUCUCGCCACAGGUAAAACACCGUGGAUCAUGAUGACGGCGGCUGCAUGCGAACGCUCAUGGAGACGCGAACUAUUAGUGCUGGAAGGUCUGCCACCGACAAAGCGGGGAAUCUACCUCGGCGACGCCAUUGCCAUGCUCAUGCGCAAGUCAUCGGGCCACAUCUCGCUCGACCCGUUGGUCCUUGGGUUCCUAGCUCGCAUAUCGCCCACCCUAGCGACUUGCCCGGACGCAUCUGCCAAGAUCCAGGAUCACAAGAAGGUCGUCUACGCUCUCUUAAGCGUCCUUGCGCGUGCGCCGAAGCAUUACCUCGACAACGGACCGUCCACGACCAUCGAGGACCUUCUGGCAGCCUGCCACGCCGUCAUUCCGGUGCACCACCUCUUCGCGAUGCAGCCAUGGCGGCAGUACGUGCAGAUGUGGCGAGCACUCGUUGCCCCUGGUACGGAUGCUGCGUCGGACGACGACGACGACUCGGAUGACGAUAUCGACGACGACGCGGCCGAGAUCCGAGCCGAGAUCCGCAAGGUCUUUGAAGCCCGCUUGUGGACAUCGAUCCCCGAUGCGUUCCACAUCAAGUACUUGGGGCCAGACCUGAUUGGCGCAGACAUGGGCGUCGCCGUGCUGGCGGCGUGGACGUGCCUUGGCGUCAACGCGCCCUGGGUAAGCAUCUUCUCGUCCCUCUCCAAGACUGCGUUGGACACGAUCUCGCCGUACGCUCAAGUGUUCAUGCACCAUGACGAUCCGACAGUCAAAGCCGUUGGUGUCCACAUGGUGGCGAUCACGUUGCCAUUGAAAGCUGCCAUGUCGGAAGACAUUGCGCCCGACCAGUUUCAAGCGUCGACCGACAAAAAAAUCGUCGGUCUCGACGCCUAUGCAGAACAGGAGAAGCGUCGCCACCACUACCAAGCACUGCUGCAGGCCUUGCUGACGACGAUGGUCAUGGUGCCCGACGCCAAGGAGCGGCAGCGAACGCUGCAAACGUGGCAACAAGUCGUCGAGACGAUCGCGAUCCCGUCACGGCUUCUGGUUCUGAGCUCGCUCAUUGAACACUGUCCGUUCCCCAACGCGACUGCCGUCAUCGUCGACCGCGUUCGGAAUGAAGUCGCCCGCCAUUGGCAACAUUACGUCGAGGAAAAGUUGCCGUCCGUCGUCGCGUUGCUGACGCGGCUGCUGGCACCGCUGCCCGAUGCCGAGUUUGUCCAGCGCAGCGAUGUGUACACGAGUGCCCUCAGCCUGUAUCGCUUUGUCCUUCUUCGAGACAAGGUGGAAAACGCAUCUGGCUUGCACUCGAACACGGCUCUGGCGACGCACGUCAAGGGCCAGCGGCGACGUCUCACGGAUCUCAUUGAAGCGCAGCUGCUGCUUGGUCCAGCACCGCAUGCGCAUCCUUGCGGCGCGUCCCACGAUGCCACGUCGCCGUUUGUGACAAUGGAGAUGACCGGCGCGUCGCCUACGUCGGGCCCCGUGCGCUACGACCUCUUUCGGCUCCAGCUCAUGCAAGGCGCGUUCGAGGCCGCGCUGGACGCACUCGUCACAAGACCUUGA